UAAAGGAUUGAAAUAGAGGACUAAAACACUUUAAAAACUCUGAGCCCAGCCUUGUGAACCUGUUACAGUUUAGAUGUUGCUUAACGUAGCCUAAUCAGCAGUGCAAUAGAGAGGACAGCAGAGAUACAGCAACAAGAGUUUGAUUCUGAACUUUUGAUUGUGUGCUUUAAGUUUGGCAAAAAACAGCACAUACAUUUGGUAUAAUUGUAUUGCACAUCCAGUUAAUUUUUUUGUUACCGUGCAGACAAUGGAAGCUUAGAUUUAUAGCUUUAAUUGAAUGCCUCACCUGUUGUUUUCUUGGAAGAAACAAUGUCUGUUUGACAUUUGUUUUUGCAAAUUGAUCAGGGAUUUGUAAGUGAUGCAAAUAAUUCCACCUUCUGCCUUACAGUACACGGCUUAUAAAAUCCACAAAGACCCUGAUAGCUUUUACUCUGUCAUUUUCAAUGACAUCAUGGGCUUUGAGGAAAAUACGAAGACAGGAGUUGAUGUGCAAGACGUGAAACUGGCCAUGAGGGGACAUGUGCCAGAUGGUUAUCAGUUCAAGCCUGCAGCCCAGUUUCAGGAGACUGAUAGGGACUACAUCUCAUCUCCCACUCUGGAAGACAGAGUUCACGUCCUGGUUUGUGUCAUUCCUGCUGGCUCAGUAUCUUUAAUAAGUGAAGAAGUUGUGAAGAAGUUGAGAGAAGUCAGACUAGCAGCCGCUGAAAUGGGAAUUCCCCAACUGGCUAUUCUCACCAAAGUUGAUGAAGCGUGUCCUGAGGCCAAAGAAUAUAUAAAAGAAACAUACAGAAUCAAGUACUUGAAGGAACAGGUCGACAAAUUCAGCAUGUUGCUCGGCAUUCCACCGAACUGCAUCUUUCUUGUGAAGAACUACCACUCAGAAAUCAAAACAAAUAAUGAUAUAAAUGCGCUGAUCCUGACCGCACUGAAACAGAUGAUUACCUUCGGAGAAGACUUUCUCGACAACCUGUAGACCUACAUACUGCUGAGCUAAACCUUGUAUGACCAGUCCACACAUUCUCACUCCCAACUGGUCAAAUACAAAUGCUUGGUCAGUGGCUCUGAGCAUAUGAUAAUGAUGUGGGUGGGUUUUCUUUGGAGUUAGUAAAGCCCAGUGUGUCUCAUACAGAUGCUAAAGGGUGCCUCCGUGGGUCGGUAUCAGACGUCGAGGGGCACUGGAGUGGAUUAAACUGCUGUGGAUCAAAGCAUGAAAAAAUGGCAUCGUUAAAACAAUAAUAAUUACAUGUGCAGGAUGCUUUUUGUGGUUUGUAUUUUCAUUUUCAAGAAUGUUAUGCGUAUUUUGUAGGCUGCAUCACAUGCAUCUUAGUUGAGUUAGUUUAAAAUUCAGAAAAUGUUUCUCCUGUUUUACUUUGUGGCAUAAAAUAAGUAUAAAAUAACCUGUUCAAAAUGUGGAUUUACAAAAAAUAUGCUUGUGUGUAGUGCAACAUUACAUGAAAUACAUUGUGUAAUAAAUAUGAAAAAUACAAAGUAAUGUUAUAUCAA